CUAGUAUCCUUGAAUGUAUUCACUAUCGAAUUUAUAAUGUUUUAUAAAGAUAACCUCCAUCUACCAUGAUCUUGUUUGUACAAUAAUUGUGACAGUAAGAAGGCAAAGUUACUGGAAUGAGAAAAUACAUCUUCUCUGUAUGGCCCUGAGCAAACUUCACACUAAACAAGAAAACAACAUAAUGUGAGCGGAAAUCAAAGGUUGUCUGCGGAACAAUACUAAUCUCCUUGGCCUGCAUCUCGAACUGGUGAAAAAGAACAAUUUCGCUGUGAGUUUGGAGAGUCAGAUGUUGGGAACGAAAGGUCGAGCAGCCGUAUAAUCGCUUGGAAAAUGUAGCAUAUCGCGAUUUAAUGCAACCUUUCGAACAAUCGCCUCCACAAUGUAAAUAUCAACACAUGCAGACCCGCAGCCCAUGUCCGCAGGGUGGCCCUCAACCCUUGCUCGGCAAACACAGCUUUUUCUAGAUUCACACCAUACCAAAAACAGCUCGAGAAAAGAUCUCCAUUCUUACAAGUGGCUAUCGUAAGUCCAUUUUUUUGCCACUUACUAGGAAUGCGCACUUCAACACUACAUGAGUUGAAAAGAAAGACACUUACGUGAGCACCGCGAGCAAUUCAGGACAAGACACUACCAGCAAUAUAUUACAAUCUAGCAUAACAUGUGCACAAAAUCCUAAAUCACAACAUUCACCGAAGUAGUGCCCUAUCCUAUUCCGAGGCGAAAAAGUUCCAACAGUAGAGAAUGUGUAAGCCGCAGGCAAGUCUGAAGCCGAUCGGACUAAUACCUCUGCAAGUGAGGUUUCAUAAAUGUCAGGAGCAGAAUUUCCAAACGAUUGCACAACGUGUACAGAAUGCAGCGAAUUGUAAGAUCGCAAUUUGAGCACAGUGCCUGCCAAUGAUCCUGGAUGUCCUCAACAAGAACUGGGAAGAAUGUUACGGAAGAAUAUAUGAGAAUUGAUUAGAUCUGCAGACCUAACAAUUCGUACUCGUGCUGCUGCCACUAUCCUUGCAAUCACAGGCAGUUGAGUGCUUUCAAAUAAAAAAAACUGGGUAAGCACGGGUCGGUCCCCAGCAGGCCGGGUCGAUGUGACAUGCCAUCCUCGACCAUGGACCCGGUUGCCAAUAUAAUGAACUUGUAGAAUGAUUGGCUUUUUAUUUUCUUAAAUUUGGGGAUCUCAAAUUAGGACGUCGACCACCUUGGAAUGUCGAUUGGCACCCGCAUUUCUCUAUAAGAGAUGGAAGGCGAUUGGUCACCUUCUCCGCUUCUCUUGGCUUUGCAGCAGCCUGACGGACGAGCUGGUUCUGCUUCCCCAACGUCAGUUGGAUUCAAUAAAUUUUUGUGGAACCUUUCUGUGCUUCGUAAAUUUCGGUGCAGAAGACCUUCGAUGUCUGCGCAAACGCAGCAGGAAUUGGCCGUGGAUGUAGAGAAGGCCUUGGAGAUUCGUUCCCUUCUCAGUCACGGCAUUGAGCAUCGCAUUGGAGAUCCAAAAGACCCUUUGAUAGACUGCAUGCAAUUACUUUUCCAUUACGAAGCCGACGGACAAGUCAGCAAUCUGAGAACAAAUUCACUGAUACUUUCGAAAGCAGAUCAAGCGACGUGCCGGUACUUCACAAUGCCUGGAGGCUGUGUUCGUGGAGAGAAAUGUCUUUUUACGCACUCUGAGGAGACAUUGUCACACGCGGAGUUCAUGUCACUUGCUGGAAUGGGGCAAUCUUUUGCCCCCAAGCAGGUUGGAGGCUCCAAGCGGGUCGGCGCGGAGGAUUUGCGCAAGAAAAUAUUUGUAGGAGGACUGUCGCCCUCAGUAGAAUCUGAUGACUUGCGGGAGUUUUUUGAAGUAAACUACGGUCCUGUCUUGGACGCAGUCGUCAUUGGGAGUCAGGCAGGUGAUCACAUGCAGUCUCGUGGAUUUGGAUUUGUCACUUUCAAGCACGCAGCGUCCGUCUCAGCUGCUGUGGAGGCUCACUACAUUAACAUCUAUGGAAAGAAGGUGGAAAUCAAGGGCGCAGUUCCUCGUUCAGAACUACCAGCACUUGAAGGGCCAAGAGCUUCAGACUCUGACAAUCCCGAGGAUUCGCAUACGACAAUGUCUGCGAACAGAAUGUUGGACUUAGAUGAAGCAGAGGUGCUCGAAGUAGCGACUCCUGGAUCGACGCUUUGUCAACCAAAGAAUGAACUCCCCCAAGGCAGUGGGAUGAGUUCGACGUCUGAAGCUAAGCAAUCCUCUCCCCCCGAAAGCAUUGCUAUGUCUAGUUCGAAUGGGCUUUCUUCAGCAAGGACGUCCCAAGUCUCUAGUGAUUCGUAUUCCCAAUCUGGUGUUCGAGGGAUAUCACCGGAAAGUGCUUCUUCAUAUGAACUUCCGUCAGCAAAAGUAUCCAAUGCCUUCCGAGACUCAUAUUCUCAACCAGUCAUUCGAGGGGCGUCACCCAACAAUUUGCAAGGAAGGAAAUGCAUCUGGUUGAACACUUUCAAGGAGUGGCUCCCGGGAUUUCUAGGCAGAGUCUCUAUGCGCUUGAAGGAAGGGGAGUGGUAUCCACUCUCUUCUUUGAAAGGGGAUUUCAGAGCAAUAUGUGGUAUGGAGCUCGAUCAUGUUUCCCUUGGUUUCGAAAAGCUCAGCGACUUUGUUCGAUCCUUCUCUGACCUUUGCAGGAUGAAGAUCGUUCCUGUAGGCAGGGGACCUGCCACUCAUAUGGUUCUCCUUCCACCUCUUACACGAACAGCUGCAUCAACAGCCAACAGGCGGGUUGUUUCAAACAUUGCAACUCGUUCUUUCGUGGACGGAUCACGAUCUUAUGCUGAUGUUGCUUGUCAUGGGACAGUUGCUAGACUUGGUAGGGCAGCUGGUCCAUCUUCCAAUCCUGCCUUUCGCCCAAGUGGUGCUAGUCUUGGCCAUCAGGGAACGCAAUUAGCACCUCCUCCACCUUCAAGAGAAGUGACUUGUUCGGCUGAUCAUCAGCUAGCUUACACAGACGGUCUUCGUCGGGGAACGACUUCACAGGAAAGUGGAUGCUGCUCUUACACGGCUGUAGCAGGUGACAGUAGCGCAGGAUUAAUCUCAGCUUCUAACAGGUCACCAAGAAUUUCAGGAGUCCCUGCUGAAGGAUAUGGCCAGAGUGAUUCAACCAACGAUGCCACUAAAAUCUUAAAUUCUAGUUCCACGGAUAGCUGUCGAGCCAGUCAUGUUCCAUCGCUCCCUUCAAGUGAUGUUGGAACUUCGACUGCUGGUGACAUGAAUACUUCUGAAGUGAACUCUGGACUCUCAAAAGAGGAUUUGGUCCUCUUACAAGAACUGAUAUCGCGGUUGAAAAGAACUGGAAUAGAAAAGUUUCAAGCUCGUAAUCAUGCAGCACCAGUAUUUUCUCCUGUGACAAUGCGCGAUAUUACUCUUUCACCGUCCAAAAGCAAAGCUGCUCCAAGGCAAGUGUCUCAGGAGCCAAUGAGCAAUGUUGAAACUGAGAGUCAAAGUUCCACAUGCUUCACAUUUUUUGAUCAUGAACCAAAGACACCAAAGCACGGAAACUAUCCUCCUGCUGCUGCUCUUAAUCAUCCUUUCGGCGGGUUUCUUCAUGAACGUUUUCCCUCUUCAAGCAUGUGGGGACAAGAUGUAACCAGCAAUAGAAUUAAGGAUGGAGGUUAUGUCUUUCAGGGCCGCCCAGCUGAGACCAUCAACGUCCCCGCAAGUCAGUUUUACGAGGACUCUCCUCACAGCAACGAAUCAACUUACGGUACGCCUACUGGAUACAUCUCAGCUUCAUCCAGCCCAGGACAAGACUUUUCGAAGAUAGGUGGAAUGUGUGAAAUGUGCUUUGAGAGGCAAGCAUUGUGGGUUGCAGUACCAUGCGGCCACCAAAAUAUGUGCUCCGUCUGCAAAAGCAGCAUGCGUCACGGUAACCAGGACAACGUCCAAUGCUUCAUCUGCAAUGGAUAUGUGGAGAGAUGGAUUGCCCUGCAUUGAUACAAAGAUACAUGAUCCUUCUAACACUUUUCCCCAUUGAACUCAUCGAGGAGAAGGACUGUCUUCGAAGAUUCUUCUCUGACAACUAUUGGGAUAGACACUAAAACAUUAUGAUGCAAUUUCUGUUCGAUAUUUUUCAGAGUGGCCAAUUUUGAGGUCUUUGAUGUGCCGGUUUCUACUGAAUUCCACCUACGUUGGCUGUUGCUGCAACGACCUUUCUUUCAGACAUAAUUCAGCAGUAGCUCUUUCUUAGUGUUGAAUUCUUGUUCAAUGUUUCAAACGCGUAUUUAGGUAGCUGAAUUUACAGGGCUUACAAAUACUAGUGUACCCACUUUUGAUAUGAAGUUCGAUUCCCAGCAUGUUGAAACUUCCUGACAGACAGAAAUAUUUUGAAACUCAUGUUAUGUUUUAUGGUUUGUCGUCCUUAAAA